AUGAGCGACUCAGAAUCGAGACCAGACAAGCCCAGCGUGCCGAGCUGGCAACGCGCCAACCCCGAGGAGAACGAACCCACUGCAGCAGCGUCAUCGCCCACUGCGACGGAGACUGAGACCGAGACCCAGACCCAGGCCGAGGUCGAAACCCAGCCUGAGACGGAGGUUACGGCUUCUGUGCCAGAGGAGGACAGCCUUGAAGUUGCGCGCAAGUUCCUUGAUGACGAGGCUGUGCGCGAUGCGCCCUGGGACAAGAAGGUCGCGUUCCUGAAGACCAAGGGCAUCGACGAUGUCGGCAUCAAGACACUCCUCGGCGACGAGCCGACUCCCACUGCUUCAGAGGAUAACCCCAUACAAGAAGUCGCCAUCGCACAACCACCCUCACAGUCCAUGUCCACCCAAACCUCUACGCCGACCCUCUCCCAACCGCAAACCGACCGCGCCCCGAUCGUAACCUACCCCGAGUUCCUCGCCAAGCCCGCCCGCCCUCCGCCCCUUGUCACAACCGAACGCCUCCUCAACACUCUCUACGGCGUCGUCGGUCUAUCGACCCUCGUUUAUGGCACGGGCAAGUACGUCCUGGGCCCCAUGGUCGACGCCCAGACGGAAGCCCGCGCCGAAUUCCACGAGACCACCGUCCACAACCUCGACGCCUUGGUCUCCAAACUCGAGAAGACCGUUUCCGAAGUGCCGCCUGUUAAGAAACAGGCCACCGGUACCUCUGGCGCAGGCGAUGACGAGAGUGAGGCCGAGGAUCCCACAGAAAUGUUCCACCGCGACAUGGGCACUCAGACGUCACCACCCCUGAGUACUGUGACGAUGGCUAAGAAUAAGGAUGCCGGUGGCGAGUCAACUACAAAGAAGCAGGCCGACCGGCUUGCUGGACUAACCAAGACCUUGUCGGGUCUGAAGGAUGAGUUCCGGUCCGAAAGCGAGGGCAUGGAUGGUAUCAAGACGCUGGUUGACGUCCUACGCGAUGACCUCGACUCCUUGACGUACACGGGCCAAUCAGCCAGCACCUAUGACCUAUACGGCCGGUCACGCAAGCCUGAACCCGAAGACGAGAUCCGCAAGGUCAGAGAUAACAUUCGACGAGUGAAGGGCGUGCUUCUGAGCACCCGGAAUUUCCCUCCGACCGCAAGGUGA